GUUUAGGCUGACCUGAGGGGGUUAAGGAGGAGCUGGGGCAGUUGAGGAAGUUGAGAAAAGGCUUAGGCAGAAAAGAAGGAACCUGAGGCCUUAAAAUUCAUCUUGCCAGUGCGUGUGGCCUCCAGAGACCUCAGCAGGUGUCUCACUCCCACCUCCUCACAGUUAUCUGGGAGGGAGACCCCCAAGGGAGCACUUUCUGGAGACAAUCCAUGGAAAGCUCUCUAUGGUAGCCAUCCUGGGAGUCCUGGGAAAGCAGCUCUGUACCUCUGUUCCUGUACCAGCAAUGGAGGCCAGAUUGCUCUCAGACACUGACCUGUUAAUGAAAAGCUAUCAACUCUGGCAAAGAAGAAGGCAGUAUUAGCCACUGCUGCCCUGUGACUACCAGAAGCAGUAUGGUGACAGGAAUGGGUCAUACUUCAGCCUACACACUGGACUGCAGUUUUGCCAUGCUCUGAACAUUUUUUAUACUGCACUCCAGAUGUUGCUGCCUUUCAUUGGCAGGGAAAAGAGACUUCAUCAAGUGAAGGGAGGCCUUCUAAUUCAUACUGCCCUCACCUGAGACCACCUCCAAAACAAAGAACCUGACUUCUCUUCUGGCUUUGUACACUGGAAUGGACCUUGAAGCCUGUGACUUCUCAAUGCAAGAAUGAAGUGAAUUUAGAGCUAAAAACGAGGCAAGAAACAAGGCCUUGAAAUCUCCGAAAGGUAGGAGAGACUUCAGACUGCAAUGGGCAGUUACUGGCAUUGCUGUAGAGACAUCCUGAACGACGUGUUGGAAAAGGAAGUGCACAGGACAGUCUCUCUACAUUGUGAACAUGUUUGAGACCCCCAUGCAAAGCUGUGCUCUGUUCUGACUCCAAGUCUCCUCAGACAUGGCCGAGGAAAAUGCAUCUGAAAGAACUAUAUGCACUGACGCAGCCUCAGGAAAACCCGCGAUGGCUGCCAAGCGCAAAGGCGGCCUGAAGCUAAAUGCCAUCUGUGCCAAGCUGAGCCGCCAAGUCGUCUUCGACCACGGGGGAGCUGAGCAGGCACGUGCGGACAAGGGGCCACAGCAGGAGAGCAGCAACAAGGACCUGUCCCAGCCUGGGACCAAAGAGCUGGGGACAGAGUUUUCAGAUGGACUCAGCCGCGUGCAGAAGAUCGAGGAGGACAAAAGGAGGGAGGUGAUCGAGAAAUGGGUGAACGGGGAGUACAACGAGGAGCCCUUGCUGGGGCGAGCAGAGGGCAAGGAAUGUAAAGGCACCGAGAGCGCAGAGGUGCCCCCUGAAGGGGUUUACAUGGUGCAGCCCAAGGGCUGCAGCGAUGAGGAAGAUAACGGGGACGAGGCAGACGCUCUGAGGGGCUCACAGGAUGGGAACUUCUUGGAUGACAGGGAUUCAGAUGGGCCAGCAAAGGACGAUGCCUACCGGUCCUCCAGUGGCGAACCAGGCUCCAAGCUGGGUGCAGGAACCACCUCAGGGGAAGCUUCAUCACUGCGGGAUUACGCUGCCACCACCAUGAACGAGUUCCUGGGCAUGUUCGGCUACGAUGACCAGAACAUGCGGGAUGAGCUGGCCCGCAAGAUCAGCUUCGACAAGCUGAACACUGCUACCUCAGAGGCCGCGGCGCCUGCUGCCUCUCUCCCCAGCGAGGAUGCCAUGAGCAAACGAGCCCGCUUCUCCAAGUAUGAGGAGUACAUCCGCAAACUGAAAGCUGGAGAGCAGCUCUCGUGGCCCAUGCACUUGGCCAAAUCUGAGGAGUUGGGCUCCAAGCUGGGCAAAGAGCCGUCCUCAGUGCUGGCACAGCCCAUUCGGGUGCCAGGUCCAGACACCUCCAUGCUGACGGAGACCAAAGCCACUAUCCUGCCACUGCCCUCCCCCAGUAGUUCCCAGAUGCAGGGCCUGAUGUCACGGGCCUCCAAGUAUGAUUUCUUCAUUCAAAAGCUGAAGACAGGUGAGAGCAUCAGGCCACAGAAUGGCAACACUUACAAGAAGGCCUCCAAGUAUGACCUAGAAAACGUCAAGUACUUGCACCUUUUCAAGCCUGGGGAAGGAAGCCCAGAUAUGGGAGGAGCCAUCGCCUUCAAGACAGGCAAGGUAGGCCGGCCUUCCAAGUACGAUGUGAGGAACAUUCAGAAGCUUACUCCAGUAAAAGCUCCAGUGCCCAGCCUGGCCCCUGCUUCCCUCGCCAGUACCCCCAGCAGCACUCCCGUGGCCGGGCCAGAGCAGUCCAUCUCAUUGCCAUUCAACACUCCUGAGUACCUGAAAUCAACUUUCUCCAAGACAGACUCCAUCACAACUGGAACAGUCUCUACAGUAAAGAAUGGAUUACCUACUGACAAACCAGCCGUCAGCGAAGACGUAAAUAUUUACCAGAAGUAUAUUGCCAGGUUCUCUGGCAGUCAGCACUGUGGACACAUACACUGCGCGUACCAGUACAGAGAACAUUACCACUGCCUCGACCCCGAGUGCAACUACCAGAGAUUCACUAGUAAACAGGAUGUGAUUCGGCAUUACAACAUGCACAAGAAACGUGAUAACUCCCUGCAGCACGGCUUCAUGCGCUUCAGCCCCCUGGACGACUGCAGCGUGUACUACCACGGCUGCCACCUGAACGGGAAGAGCACUCACUACCACUGCAUGCAGGUGGGUUGUAACAAGGUCUAUACAAGCACCUCUGAUGUGAUGACCCAUGAGAACUUUCACAAGAAGAACACGCAGCUCAUCAACGACGGGUUCCAGCGGUUCCGUGCCACGGAGGACUGCGGCACUGUGGAAUGCCAGUUCUAUGGGCAGAAAACCACUCACUUCCAUUGCAGGAGACCUGGGUGUACAUUCACCUUCAAGAACAAGUGUGACAUCGAGAAGCACAAGAGCUACCACAUCAAAGAUGAUGCCUAUGCCAAGGAUGGCUUCAAGAAGUUCUACAAGUAUGAGGAAUGCAAGUAUGAGGGCUGUGUCUACAGCAAGGCCACCAACCACUUCCACUGCAUAAGGGCAGGCUGUGGUUUCACCUUCACCUCCACCAGCCAGAUGACCUCCCAUAAACGCAAACACGAGCGCCGGCACAUCCGGAGCUCAGGAGUGCUGGGCCUGCCUGCCUCACUCCUGGGCUCCAAGGAUAACGAGCAGGAGGAGUCCAGUAACGAUGACCUUAUUGACUUCUCCGCCAUGAGCUCCAAGAACUCCAGCCUGAGUGCCUCCCCAACCAGUCAGCAGUCUUCCGUUUCUCUCAUCGUCCCAGCUGCACCCUCCUCUGUGGCUGAGCUUGCUUCCUCACAGGCCACCAAGUCUGCCAACAGCAUGACACCAGCCACAAAGAUCUCUGGCCUGCUUUCCCAGGCUCUUCCCAGCAAUAUACCCUUGGCCCUGGCACUCUCCAACUCAGCACUUCCUGGAACAGCUGGAUCCUUCUUCCCCAUCAUCCCCAGUCGGGUCUCUACACCACUUCCUGCCAGCUCGGCUAAUCUGAUGACUGCUGGUUCUUCUGGCACCAAUCCAGCAUCAUCUGCUCCUACAGAUUCCUCAUCCCAGGCAGUUUCAGGAUCUGGUGAGCCAGUGACUACUUCUUCACCUGCUCCAGCAGCCUCUAUAAUGGAAAGGAUCUCUGCUAGUAAGGGAUUAAUCUCUCCUAUGAUGGCCAGGCUGGCAGCAGCUGCACUCAAGCCGUCUGUGGCACUUGAAGCAGGGAAUGGACAACCAGCACCUCCCGGACGGUUCAAUCCAGUCCAGGUGAAGCAGGAACCCGCGGAGGCCAUGGGACCGUCAUCUGCCACCAGUCAGGACCCCUUGCAGGAGCACAGCUUGGACCUGAGUGUCAAGGACCACGGUAAUGAAUCAAAUGGCCACACAGUCUCGGCAAAUUCAUCUCUUUUAUCCUCGCUUAUGAAUAAGAUGUCCAAGACCAGUGCCAGCCUUGGCAACCUGCUGAACAUUAAGACAGAAGGUGAAGGCAGCCAGGCUGGGGCUGGGGAGCCAACCCAGUACUUGGGCAAGGCAGUGAAGGCACUCGUCCAGGAGAAGCUCUCUGAGCCAUGGAAGAUGUACCUGCGCCGGUUUGGCACCAAGGAUUUCUGCGAUGCCCAGUGUGACUUCCUCCAUAAGGUGCAUUUCCACUGUGUGGUGGAGGAAUGUGGAGCCCUCUUCAGCACCCUGGAUGGAGCCAUCAAGCAUGCCAAUUUUCACUUCCGAACUGAAGGUGGAACUGUAAAAAGCAACUCCGAGUCUCCUUUCUCAACUGCUACUGAGAACAAGGCUUCACUGGCCCCUUCAUCACCAUCUGCUGCUUCUGCCACCAUGGCCAGUGCUCCCACCCUGGACGUGCCCACUCCAAAUCCAGCUGCUAUGCCCUCUGCUCCCACACUACUUGCUUGGAAGCAGCUGGCUUCGACCAUACCCCAGAUGCCUCAGAUCCCAGCAUCAGUGCCUAACCUGGCAGCUUCACCCUUGGCAACGACUUCCCUGGAGAACGCCAAGCCUCAGGUCAAACCUGGAUUUCUCCAGUUCCAGGAGAAUGAUCCCUGCUUGGCAACAGACUGCAAGUAUGCCAACAAAUUCCACUUCCACUGUCUCUUUGGGAACUGCAAGUAUGUGUGCAAAACCUCUGGCAAAGCAGAAUCCCACUGCCUCGACCACAUCAACCCCAACAAUAAUCUGGUGAAUGUGCGAGACCAGUUCGCUUACUACUCCCUGCAGUGUCUCUGUCCGAACCAGCACUGUGAAUUCCGGAUGCGAGGGCAUUACCACUGUCUGCGUCCUGGCUGCUACUUCGUGACUAACAUCACCACCAAGCUGCCCUGGCACGUGAAAAAGCAUGAGAAGGCAGAGAGAAGGGCAGCCAACGGCUUCAAAUAUUUUACCAAGCGGGAAGAAUGUGGCAGACUAGGUUGCAAAUACAAUCAGGUGAACAGCCACUUCCACUGCAUCCGAGAGGGCUGCCAGUUCUCCUUCCUGCUCAAGCACCAAAUGACAUCCCAUGCCAGGAAGCACAUGAGAAGGAUGCUGGGGAAGAACUUUGAUCGUGUUCCUACUCAGGUUAUUGGGCACACUCCAAGAAAUGAAAAUCUCCCCCAGGUUGGCAGCAUGGCACCCAGCCCAGCCUCAUCAGGAACCCCAGCUUCCUUUCAGGGACCCCCAAGCAUGAUGGACACUGAAACAGAAGAGUACAUGGAUUACACUGGCUGUAGCCCUGGGGGCAUCUCCUCUGAAUCUUCCAAUAUGGACCGCAGCUGCUCCAGCACUCCAGUGGGCAAUGAAAGUACAUCAGCAGGGAACACCAUCACUAUGCCAACUGCCUCGGGGGCCAAAAAGCGUUUCUGGAUUAUUGAGGACAUGUCCCCAUUUGGCAAGCGCCGCAAGACCGCGUCCUCGCGCAAGAUGCUGGAUGAAGGGAUGAUGCUGGAGGGAUUUCGGCGCUAUGACCUCUACGAGGACUGCAAGGACUCCAGCUGCCAGUUCUCUCUCAAGGUUACCCACUACCACUGCACACGGGAGAACUGUGGCUACAAGUUCUGCGGCCGUACCCACAUGUAUAAGCACGCCCAGCACCACGACCGUGUUGACAACCUAGUAUUGGAUGAUUUCAAACGCUUCAAGUCUUCACUGAGUUGUAACUUCCCAGACUGUCAGUUCUCUGGCAAUAGCACACACUUCCACUGUCUGCGCUGCGGCUUCCGCUGCACUGACAGCACCAAGGUGACAGCCCACCGCAAGCACCACGGCAAGCAGGACGUCAUCAGCGCCGCCGGCUUCUGCCAGUUCAGCUCCAGCGUGGACUGCGAGGUGCCUGACUGCAAGUACAAACUCAAAUGCUCCCACUUCCACUGCACCUACCCUGGCUGCAAACACACGGUGGUAGGGAUGUCACAGAUGGACUCUCACAAGCGCAAGCACGAGAAGCAGGAGCGAGGGGAGCUGCCUGCCAUCUCUCCCGGCCCCGAGGGCCUUACCCACUCCACUCUCGAGUACGAUAUCCAGAACUCUUCCAUCAACCUGGACAGUUCCCUCAACCUCAGCACUGACAACAACAGCUCCCUGUUCUUCCUGCAGAACGCAGCUGGAGUGGGCCUCAGUGACUCCCUGGACCUCAGCAAGAAGCCGGCAGAAGUGACCGAGGGCCCGUCCCCCAGCAGAGCCGGGGCCACGUCACAGGAGAGGAGCACAGGGGCACCUGGCCCUGGUGGGGUGGAGGACGAGGACGACUCUUCCCAAGAGGAUGAAGAGGACGAUGAGGAGGAGAUGAAUGAAGAAGAGGAGGAUGAUGAAGAGGAGGAUGAUGAUGAUGAGGAGGAGGAGGAUGAAGAGGAGGAAGACCUGAACACAGAUUCUGAAGAAUCGCUGCCAGACCCUGAAGGCCUGGCCACUAAAGAAGAUGGAGAACCAGAGGAGGGUGCUUCUUCCACAGACCAUGGUGAUGCUUCCAGGCCGCAGGGCGAGCCAGCCCUCACUCCAGCCCCCACUCCUGCCCCUGCUCCAGCUCCGGCUGCUGCCUCAGCCUCCACCGUUGCUCCAGCAGCUUCUCCUUAAUCCUAGAGACAGCAACGGCAGUGGUUUGGUUUUUCUCUUACACAGAAUUACUAGGAGGACCCCAUAUGAGGCGAGAACAAAGAUGGGGAUGGCAAAUGAAAAGCGAACUCCGUGCCACAAAUGAGAGAGAGGAAGGAAGGAAACCCCUGCUCCUGCCCAGGCCCCAGAAGAGAUUGGUUCGCAGCAGGACUGGUGCUGCUUCACUCCAUUCUUCAGAUCCCAGAACAAGGGGGCAGGAUGCAGCAAAAAAUCCCCUUUGUAUGGACAUGAACCCUGAGGGUACCUGCUGCUUUUCCUUGCUCCCUGCACGGUGCGUGGGGCCUGUGCCCAUCUGGGGACCCUUUUUUAUGAGUGGGGCUCUAUCCCCCCUCAGUUUUCUUCCUGGGUUUUAUUUUUCUAUGUUUUCAGUUGUACGAUAAUAAUAAUAAUCUCCACUUCUUGGAGGGGGGUGGGUGGGAACAAGAGGUAAUGAAUUUUACAAAUAUAUAUUUGUGUGUGUGUCUCUCUAUAUAAUGUACACACACACACACACAUAUAUAAAAUUAAAGGAAUUGGUGUCACAAAGACAGGUAGCUCAGCUUUUGCCAGUGGGAAGGAGGGGGUGAGGAGUGUGCUCUCUCUCUCCACCCUUCCCCCUUCUUUCUCCAGCAUUAAAUGGCAUCAGACAGCCAGGGUGGGAGUGGGUAUUUAUUGUCACAUAAAUGAGGAUGCAUUAAUGAAUGAGCAGGGGUGGGAAUGGGACACUCCUCUGUUCUUCCAGAUCCUUUUUACUGUUAAUGAUAAUAAUUUUGAAUGCUAUUUAUAUUGUAAAACUUUCUCAGUCUACCCUUUCUCUGUAGGACACCUCUCCCCAUCCCUGCUGUUCUGACUGUAGGGAUUUAGCUGAAGUAACCUGGGAAGAUCACAGCAGGCAGUCUAAAGGGUCUGUCACACUGGAGGACUGGGGUUACUCUGCCAUCCAGUUCCAUCUCAUCCCCACCCCUAGGUGCCUCCUCUCUGCAGAGGGUGAGGCGUUUUUGUGGUGCUUCAGUACCCCCAUCUCAGGAGGCUGUGAGCUGCCCUUGCCCCAUGGUGCAGCACAGGACCCGCACAGGAGCUCCUGCUCACUAAAGCAGCCUUGAGCAAGGGCCGUGCUCUGCCCCAGGCAGUCAGAGCAGGACAGGUCCCCGUUCCCAGGCCCUGCUCCUCAGCCCUGCGCUGCAGGUGGACACAGAUCUCAGGUGACUCUGGCAGGGCACGCUCUGAGCCCACGGGGGGGUCCUGCUCAGCUCUGGGGUGGGGGACAGCCCUGUUCUGC